CGCCCCCGGGCAUCCGGUCAGCCCCGCGCCGGGGCGGGCUGCCGACAUAAAAGCAGGGCUGCUCCGCUCCGCCCUGCAGAUCUUUCUUCUUCGUCGCUUUGCUGUCGCCCGUAUCAGAGCCGCUGUGCCACGCCGGGCAGACGGAGGUAUCUGAAUAAAUAGCCUCAAGAUGAACUUUUUCCUGGAAACAUUAAAAGUCAUCGGACUUCUUGUUUAUUACUUACUGGAGUCACUAGUGUUCUUGAUUGUGCCUAGACGGAAGAAGAAUGUUCGUGGUGAAAUAGUAUUAAUAACAGGAGCAGCAAGUGGCAUUGGAAGAUGCUUAUCAUUAAAGUUUGCCAGACUUGGAGCCACGUUGGUUCUAUGGGAUGUUAAUCAAGAGGGACUCAAGGAGACAGUCAGACUGGCCAGAGAAAAUGGAGCAGAAAGAGUACACUCUUACAUCUGUGAUAUUAGUAAGAGGCAGGAUGUCUACAGAGUAGCUGAUCAGGUUAAAAAAGAAGUUGGCGAUGUUAGCAUCCUAGUCAACAAUGCUGGUAUUGUAACUGGGAAGACAUUUAUUGAUUGUCCAGAUUCACUUGUAGAAAAAACCAUGGAAGUGAACACAAUGGCACACUUCUGGACUUACAAAGCCUUCCUCCCAGCAAUGAUUGCCACUAACCAUGGACACUUGGUUAGCAUAGCAAGCGCUGCAGGCAUAUGUGGAAUCACUCGUCUUUCAGAUUACUGUUCAAGUAAAUUUGCAGCAGUUGGUUUUGCAGAGUCAAUUGAUAUAGAGAUGAAAAGUCUGGGAAAGACUGGUAUUAAAACCACAAUUGUGUGUCCUGUCGUCAUAAACACAGGAAUGUUUGAUGGUAUUAAAACCAAGUGGCCACGUGUGCUUCCUGUGCUGGAUCCAGAGUAUGUGGCUGAGAAGAUAGUCACUGCUGUUCGGCAGAACCAAGAACUGUUGCUGAUACCACACACCAUCCUUCAUGUAUUAUUUGCUUUGAAAAGCAUUCUACCAGUGAAAGCAACUGUUCUCCUUCUGGACUAUUUUGGAGUACUCCAUGCAAUGGAUACCUUCAAAGGUCGACCAAAGAAAGAGUGAAAAAGCACAAAAUGCAGAGACUAGCAACUCUAAAGUGGACCUUGCUAAAGGUGGUGAUGGGAAAGGUUUGCUUCUCUAGCAGCUGUGAACUUGGGGUGCCUCAUUUCUCAUUAGUAACAAGAUUUAGACAAGUUGCUUUUUAAUUGGCACUUAACAGCUUUCAUUUAAACUAUUUUUUUAAUCCAGUGAACUGGUUUCUUUUCAUCUCAUUAUCAAAAUACAUUAAUUGAAUUUAUUUGCUUUGGUUAUGUCUUUAUAAUGCCUUAAAUAUGAUCCUCCAUCACAAACUACUAAUUGGCGACUUUGUGGGGAGAACAGAGCAAGAAGCCUCAAGUAUUCAGCAGGGAGCCAGAAAAGGCUCUAGUGGACCUGACUUCUUGCUGCCAUUCAAUGAACCAUGAGGACGAGCUGUACUGCUGGUAUCAUUCCCUGGUAAGCUGAAGAAUUCAAGAGUUUCCUGAAACAAGAUUGUAAUUCAUAUGAAUGAAAGUUUUGUGAAAUGAAAAUAUGUGCUGUGUUGAUGAAAAAACCAUGAAAUAUAUUCAUGACAUAUAUUAAUAUUUGGAGGUGGUGGUCUCCAAACUCACAGAUGACUAUGGAUGUCGGAACAGGGAGGGGGAAGGAUUUAAAUUAUGUUUUUGUGCUGCUGAUCUACUUUGCCUAAUUUAUUUUAAAAGCUCAUACUAUGCAACUUUGUAACAGAAGUCUUUGUAUCAUUUAGGUGCAGUAUUUUAAGAACAAUUUUAAAUUGUCAUCUCCUAAAAAGAAUGAACUUGUAGCUAUAAAGCAUAAGGCCAGUCUAGGUGGGCAAUACAAUGUCUUGUCAAGUAAGACAACAAGCUACUAAAAGCAAAGGUGGUGUAUUGAAUAAUAGGGGUUUCUCUUGGGAUUACUUCAGAAAGGGAUGAUGCUGAUGGAACUGGAGUAAAUGGUCUCAUUACAGUCAUAGCUUGAGUAGUGGCAUGAUGUUUUGGUUCUCUGAGUUGGGUGGCAGGUUGCCUUGUGUCUACAGAGACUUGUUUUACUUUCCCUUUACUCUUAGGACCAUCCAUUUAUUUUGGACAUAUGCUGAGGAGGCCUUGCCCUUUUGAAAAGGGAUGCUUAGAAAGCUGAAAGCCCCCUUGGCUUUUUGUAAUCCAAAACAAGAAACAGGAAUCUUAUAUGUAUGUCAUUUAUGUAAAUGCUGGCUAAGCCCAUGUCAUGUCACGGUACUCUGCUAGCAAUUGGUACAGCAGUUGGAACAGUAUGGAGAAAAGGGUGACUUUUUUUAAUGGUGGGUCUUUUUUUUUUCUUUACAUGAUGGCCUAGAAACUAUUUCAUUUCUCUUGUCUAUACAAUUAGUGAAAUAUACUAGCAGAGAAAGAUUUACUUUAUUACUGAUGAGCAAGAAACACUGAGUAAAACAAGUGUGUUAAAAAGUCUUACCUUUAUGAGGGAUCGAUGAGAGCUAGAAUUCAGACUGAUGAAUAAGAGAUUUGUUUCACUCUCAGUUCUGCAGCUUUUCUACCUCAGAAUUUCCACUUAUUUUACGCUUGAGGAAACAAAAGUUAACAAGUAAAAAAUGAGGCUGUCUAAAUGUGGUGUCCAUACACACAUCUCACUGUUCUCAAAGUCCACCACUAAUAACUGUGUGAUGUAUCUGUGUUUUCAGACUCCUCACCUUUUUAUACCAGUGCACCACAUUUUUCCCUUCUGGCUAUGAAAUACUAGGUAUGCAGAAUUCUAGAGCAAAGGGGAAGAAAAGUGGGUUAUGCAUAUAAACAGUAUGAGUACCAAACUCCAGAGCAAGUAGCUUUUCAUUUUUAGUGUCUUUGUGGACAUGUUCUUCUGAGCGAAAUUAGAAGCAGUGAGUCAGGCAGUGGGAUUUGUGGAUUCUCAGCAGGUUCAGGUUUGUCACACCACUAGGAGGAUUUUACCUGAUAAUCUGUGCUAGAGAAGUACAUCUCCAAGGGACUACGACUUCACAGAAUCAUUAAGCUUGGAAAGUAUCUGUGUUCAGUUAAGUUCUAAAUAUCUCUAAGGUUGAAAACUCUAUAAUCUCUCUGGGUAACCUGUUCCAGUGUUUGUUCAUACUCUUCUUAAAAACAAAUAAAAUUAUGUUUAUAUUGAA